CAAAUCUAAAGAGGAGUCUAGUGAAAGGCAAAAAAUCAGAAAUCCCAAAUACCUCAAAAGUCAAAACUCAAAACCCAUUCAGCCAUUCUUAAGUUCUGCAGAAUCAAAACCCAAACGCAGCAGCGGGAAAAAAAAAAAAAGAAGAGAUCGGAGGAAGCUUGGUCUAGGGCCGGCCCUGACAGUGGGAGUGGAGAGAAAGAAUGAGAGAGGCGGAGAGCAAGAGUUGAAAGAAAAAGCCCAAAAACCCUUAAACCCUAAGAAAAUUAGAAGUUCAGUAGAACACAACACACCCACCGCCUUGUUCUCGUUGAAACCAAAACAAAACCUCCACACCCGAAGACAGAGCCUCCUCCUCGAAUUUGAAAAAAGGAAAGAUGAGAGUGAAAAAGCAGAAGCGACAUAGGAAGAGUGUGAGGUUCUACACAGCAUGCUUUGGGUUCAGACAGCCAUUCAAGGUCUUAUGUGACGGUACUUUUGUUCACCACCUCGUUUCCCAUGCCAUUAAACCUGCCGACAAUGCCCUCUCCAACAUUCUGUCUGCCCCUGUCAAACUCUUCACUACCAAGUGUGUUAUUGCUGAGUUAAAGGGACUUGGCAUCUCGUAUUCUGAAUCUCUUCAGGCUGCUCAUCUCCUUGCUCCUGCCAGAUGUGAUCAUGAGAAUAGUACAAGUGCUGAUGCUUGCAUCAAGGAUAUUAUUGGACAAAAUAAUUCCGAACACUUCUUUGUUGCUUCUCAAGACGUUGAUUUGCGGAAGAGUUUGCAGGAGAUUCCAGGUGUUCCGGUCAUAUAUGGUUUAAGAAAAGCCCUUUUCUUAGAGCCUCCAUCUUCAUUUCAACGGGAAUUUGUCAAAAACUCUGAAGAAAAACGCAUGCAUAUGACUGAGUUGGAAUAUAAGAUGUUACGGAAGAGGAAGAAUAGGUCGGCUGAUGAGGAAACAAAUGAUUCUCCCGAUGAAAAUGAUGAUUCAGAGGAUGACAACAAUGGGAUGGGGAUUGAAACAAAGCCAAAAACUGCAAGAAAAGGAAUAGAUGUGAAGGAUAAAGUUCAAUUUAAGAGAAAGAGGGCAAAGGGCCCAAACCCACUUUCGUGCAAGAAGAAGAAGAGCCAAGACAAACCAAAUCUUGUUCCAGAGAGGGAAAAGACAGAUGGCGAAAAUUCUAUGAGAUCCAGGGGCAGGCAAAGGAAGAGAACACGCAAAGGAAAAAAGAUAGAUGGGUUAGUGUCAAUACUUUCAACGGCGGAUCUCCCUUAGGGCCAAGGGGGGCCAUGUUUGUUGUCCCCGCUAAGUUUUGAAAAUAUGCUUUAUCCUUACAAGGGACAAGGGUCCCUCUUUCUAUAUUUAUAGUUUGGCUCUCCAAGUUUCAUAGAGAACUUACAAUUGGCUCUAGAGCUACACAUAUCCUUUCUUCUCUUAUUAUUACUAUUUUUUAAAUGAAACAUAGAAAUGUUGGGUAACUUUGAGAUUAUGUUCUUGUCACAGAGUAUGAAUCUUACUUACAAGGUUAAAUGUUUGUGGAUUUUA